GGAAGCAUCUGGAAACAAGGCUUUUAUCGAAAUGGCGGUCGAAAUGUUUGAGUAACAUCCAUCUCAUUCGUGCCGUAGAGAUCAAGUGUGAUGGCAGAUCCACAAGAUGAUGAAAACAGUCAUGAACGUGAUAAUGGAAAAAAUCGUUAUUUGAGAAACGAGGGUUUCGCUUCAUAUGCUUUAGUAAAUGCAAACUAUUGUUAUCAAAUGUCGCUAUGGUGGUGGAACACGUAUUUGUAUAAUUUACAUGCUCAGUUUCCGGAUCAGAACUGUGAGUGUGUAGAACAGAGUGCGAUCGGGGAAGAUCAGUGUGAAUGCUGGCAGAAUUAUGGUGGAUUAGAGACCCGAAUUGAUCAAAUGAACUCUCCCAGAGACUGUGCAGAAUCAAUUUAUUUUCGUGGUACACCAUGGCAAGGGUUACCAGGUGAACAUUCAGUAAGUAGUAAAAAUCAUCCUGAUUUUAUUUCCAAGGGAGAUCUUAUAUCUGGUGAUGAAAAAGGUGCAUAUGGAGAUGAGGAUUUUGGUAACCAUAGUAACAGUGUGAAUGAUGGAUAUGGUAAUGAUGAUGUUGACGAUGAUGAUGAUGAUGAUGAGGGCAGUGAUGUUGAAAUGGAAGUCGAUGAAAACUUCAGGAAGUUUUUGGAACAAUCAGAGAGACACAGACAAGAGCGGGAGCAGAGGAAGCAAGAACUAUUGGAAGAGAAUGGAGAUUACAUUGAGGUUGGGUCAGUUCAUUUGAAUACCACCACUAGUGCUCCAACAGAACAACCAGGUUCAAAGAGAAAAGAGGAGAUGUCAACACUCUAUGGAAAACAUGCCUAUAAGAUCAUGGCUCUUGAAGCAUCACUUCAGCUGAAUUACAACAAACAGUGUGAUGCAAGACAACCUGUUUUUUGGCCUAGUAUUCCUUUGAGGUUUUAACGGUAUAAAACAUUUUACAUUUGUAAAUAAAUAAACCUAAAUUUAAAAAAAAAAAUGAGGUUUACUUUCGUAUAAAUCACCCUAUUACGCACUCACUAAAAUUUCUCAUUCCUGAUUGGCCCGUGUCAAGUGCAUAAAUAGGAUAUAGAAUGCACUGUAAACUUUAUACAUUGCGCUGGUUUAAAAUUAAUUGCCUUUUAUCGACACAUUUUCUCCGCAUUCUGUUAUCUCUUCAUUUUGAAAAUUCCGAAAUUGACUGAAAGGUUACUGACCGACUGAUGAGCUCUACAUCACACUCUAAGGUUUAAUAUUUGGUAAAUGUUUAGUUGACUCCUUUUAUUUAAAAUUACUUACAAAUCUAACGUUACGUACGAUGCA